AGUAAGUAGUAACGUACUGUAGUUGAUAUUAUAAUAGUUAAAUAGUUGCCAGUUGAUACUACAUACUUAUUUUUUUCAUAAAACAUCAAACUAUUGUUAAUCUGGCACUAAGACUUUACUCGAAUAUCAACUCGAUCAAAGUCAUUACUCAUUGGUUACUCUCAGCCGUCGUUCUGCAGCGUUUACGAAAUCAGUGAUUAGAAUACAAUAUUUGAAAUUAAUCGUUCUCUCUUUUCGCAUCGAAUUUUGACGUAAUUUACCAAAUCACUGCCUUAGCGAAUUAAUUUUUGACAAAUACUAAUCUCUUUUUAUCGGUUCGAUACAAUAAUACAAUAUACAUACCUAAGAUCCUGCCUUAAUUAUUGUGUAUCAUCUACUUAUUAGAUUUUGAAAUCGCUAUGGAGAAAAACGGAAAUACUGAACAUUUGCAAUAUGAAAAUGGCAACUCCGUAACUACAAACUGCAGCACACAAACAACACAAUUUGAUGGGUUGAUCGGGUCGCAUCAGCCUAGUCAUGACACUGCCGACGCUUUUGGUUCAUUAUUUAAAAGCGCAUCUCGUCCAGGUUACGGUAUUAGUUCAACAGAUAAGGAUGCAUGGUAUUACAAUAUGCAUCAUAAGCAUCGUGGGAAGGCGAUAAUCUUCAAUCAUGAAAACUUUCAAGUUAGAGAUCUUAAAUCUAGAGCUGGAACUGGAUUAGAUUGUAUUAAUUUAGAGGUAUCCUUAAAAAACCUUGGAUUCGAUGUUACACCUUAUGUUGAUUUAACAUUAGAUGAACUGGAUAAAAAACUUGACUAUUGGGCUAAAGAAGACUAUACAAAUUAUGAUUGUUUAUUAAUGGCAGUAUUAUCUCAUGGUGAACAAGGUAUUAUUUAUGCUAAAGAUGGAGCUUAUAAACCAGAAGAUAAUCUUUGGGGACGAUUUACUGGUGACAAAUGUAUCACAUUAGCUGGAAAACCAAAGCUAUUCUUUAUUCAAGCUUGUCAAGGAGACCGAUUGGAUGGUGGAGUUCAGUUAAGAACACAAGUUGAUGGAUCUUCUUCAUUCAAAAUACCUGUUUAUGCAGAUUUUCUUAUAGCUUACUCUACAAUUCCUGGUUUCUAUUCAUGGCGCAACACUCAAAAAGGUUCUUGGUUUAUGCAAGCUCUUUGUGAUGCCUUCAAUAAAUAUGGUUAUCAACUAGACCUUUUAACUAUACUGACAUUUGUGAAUCGUCAAGUGGCCACUGACUAUGAAUCUAAUGUUCCUGGUGCUGUUCAAAUGCAUCAGCAGAAACAAAUUCCAUGCAUUACAUCGAUGCUAACAAGAUUAGUAAAAUUUGAAAAGAAAAAUUAAAAAUGUCAAUCAUUACAAACAUUCAUCAAUAACAUUCCUGCUUAAAAGCAUAAAUAUGUUUGUUGUACAUGGGUAUAACAUUAAUUAGAGCAUUAGUCUAAGGCUACAAAUUGUAAUUUGUUUAAUAAGAAUGUAAUUGUAUACUGAUUCAGAACAAUUGCGUGGUUAGAAUCUCAAUUAGUUUUAACUUAUAGCUGAUAUAAGUUUUAAAUAAACAAAAUCUAUGAUAA